AUGUUGGCUGGUCCAGGAGGAGGCCAUACAAACGGCUCGGGACUGAAUGUGAUGGCUACUGGCCCAAUAGAACUCGCCAAAUCGAUGUCACAUCUAGCGAAUAACGUCGGGCCUCUGCCCAAAGUUCCUCUCGACGUCAUCGCCAUGUGCAACGCCCUUGAGAACAGAUGGUCUGGCUCGCUGGGCCUUUGGGAACCAUACGGCAGCGCGGCAACGUACGGCAGAACAUGGGAAGUGGGGUCACGAAUAUACAUCGGGCCUUGCGACAAAACAGUCGGCUUCGGCGCGUUAGGAUGGGGCAUGAAGAGACUACAUCUCAUCCCAGAAUCGGGAUUCUUUUCACCUCUCAAUUCAGCCAGAGACGGGCGAAGCCAAAUCGUGAGGGUUUGCCAGUGGCAACCCUGGCGAAGCGAUGUCGUCGACGCCUCCCUUCCAGUCGUUCCGAAGGACCCCUUCUCCCGCUGGUUCGGGACUUUCUUGGCGUUCAUCGGCUCCCUCAAAGUCUGCAGAGACGAAACUGUUAUCCCCGAUCCUCAACUUCGCGGUCGUCAGGCUGACAUCCGGAGCCCGCUCGUCGUCUUCGACCACAAUGCCUCCCGGUACACCAUACGUAGGAACGUCGUCGUCCUGCCCCUGAACGGCGCUACUAGCGCUACUCAUACUCGAAGACGUAUGGUUGAUUUCCUCUGCCUUAUUGCGCUAGUUGGUCCAUCUAAGGUUGGGCUUCAAGUUUCACAAGAGCAGGACCUCGCGGCCGAGCACACCCCGCCUGUACUCGAGCACGCUGCGGAGCAGGCCGACGACUGGAUGGCGACGAGGGGGAGAGACGAGAUGUUGUUGCCGAGGGGGAGCUUGCGCAUGUCGGACACCGAGUCCCAGAGCACGGCGCGGUUGUCGAGGGCGAUCCAGGUGUUGGAUGAGAGCGCGACGGACUGGAUCGCGGAGAGUGGGGUCGAAAGGGAGGAGUUUGCCGCGAUUGGGAGUGGCGCGAAGGCAGAUGGGCCGGCGUAG